UUCGACGGUGCCAAUUUAUAGAUAGUGUAAAAAAUUUUAAAAAUAUUCUUGUGAUUCGAUGGUGUCAAUUUAUAGAGAGUGUAAAAUAAUUUCAUUCUUCAUUCUUCACGAUUCUCGACUUGUUUAUGUUGAUACCGUUAGAGUUACUCUUUUGGUAUUGGUUUGAAUCUUGCAAACCAGGUGUUUGUUGAAAUGUCACAAUGAAUUUACUUAGGUUGAUUUUGAGUAUAACUCGUAUGUAAUUGUUGUAACAUGUUUGCAAAUAGAUAUUGUUUGUUGAGAAUGCAUUAAUUAACUGAAAUUAUUGUAAUCUAAUAGUGGUAUCACUAACUAUGUACAAGGUUGAAUUUUAAGUGAUGUUGAAUGGUUAACUUUUAAGUGUUGUUUCUGUAGAGUAUUUGAUGACCAUAUAUGGGCUCGCCGCCAUAAUUCGCUAUAAAGGCGCCUCAAAGCAGCCGGUAUGACCGGAUUUUGGCUCUCCACCAUGGACCACCAUUCGCCAUCCCCAACACUGUUUUUUAGUGGAUUAAGACUAUGGGCUCAAAUGAGGCUAUUGUGCAAAGGCUCUUUACUCAUGGUCCAUUGAAGGCAGUUGCUUCUACAACACUGUUAAUCACUGCAAACUGCUUUAACUACGUCUUCAUUUGUAUUCUUAAUUUGGAGGCUCUGAACAAGACUUUGGAUGCUGAAGUCUGGCGCUUAAGACACACUGUUGCAGAAUUUGGUAGAGUUCCUCCUCUCUUCUCUAGUCUCAUGACUCACUGAAAAAUGAAUGCAUAAGAAAAAUGAAUGCAUAGUAGACACACAAAUACUCUGUUAUCCACUAAAAAAGUUGUCAUAAAAUCAUCUCACUUGCUUAGUAUUCAAAUGUUAACGAUGACUUCGGUGACUUUGUUAAGUUUGCAAAUACACAACCUUUAAACAUGGUGGUUCUGUUUGUUGUUUGGGUUCUGCUGGGAUUAAUUAACUUUUAAGAUUUUCUUUAGAUUGAUUAAAUACUAACAUAUGUUUAGUCUUUACCAUCGGAUAUGUUUGAAUUUGUGGGCAGGUCUGAAAUGGCCACAGAGCAUAGGUUUGAUAUGGUUGUUGAGUGUGGAAAAGCUCCACGUCCAGAACAUAUGUAUUUUAAUUCUGUAUGAUUGUAUCAUUUGUCUUUUCAGUUACUUAUGUAAUUGAUGGAGUCGUUAUACUAUUAUAUCCUUAGUUUUUCCUCUUCCUCUAUGACUUACUUUAUUUGUGUUUUACAAUUUUACUUCAAAGUUGUAUGAAUGCAUGCAUGUUAGCUAGGUAUAUAUAAUUAAAGAUGUUUUAAAAUGAUGUUUUAAAUUCAAUUUGAGUUAUUUAGUUAGUCCUAAAAAUCUUUUAAGGAAGGUAAUUUAGUAGUUAACACAAAUAAUUUAGAGAUUCACUUCUUUCCAUGGCAUGAGGGUAGUGGUGUGCAGGGGUAAGUUAGUAUUACUUUUGGUUCAAAUAACAGUGAAGAAAAAAUUUAGUGGUUUUUGAAUCAAUUGAGCUUGCUGAUUUCAUUUCAAAUUUAAACUAUAAUUAUAUUUAUUCUUUUGUAGGUACUAUUCACUGACACGAGUGCUUACGAGGUAAGUUACUGGAAAAAUAUUUGCACUUGUGUAUAGAUGUUUCAUAAUUGGUUGUGGCUUAUUCUGUCUCAUGGAACAUAACUUGAACUGACUACUUAGAGUGAGUAUGUAUUUUCAGCUUCUUCUCUCUUGGUUGUAAGGUAUAUAUAUCGUGUGUAUCAACAAUUCUUACCAAACACUCAUUCUGAAAACAUAUUUGAAACUUUGUUUCUUCUAUAUAUAGUUAUCUUUUCCUCUUUUAGAUAGUCUCUGUUUCUAAGUUUUUUAUUGUAUUUUUGUGUUGUAGAAUUAUAGGCUUUAUGAAUAUAUAGCUUAAAGGGAGUAUAUUCCAUCCAAUCUAACAUUGUACAAUAAAAGUUUGUUGCUGCAUAAACGCCUUCAAGUAAGAACCCCAUUAUUCAUCUUUGCUUCUCUUAGAUAAGUUACAUGUAAUUUAACUAAAUUUAUGCAAAAGGCCACACAUAGGUACAUCAAUACCCAUUAUGAUGAAUCGAUGAAUUAAUAAGCUUAAUACUAAUAUAUUAUUUGUUGAAGUUAUGAGAUAAGGGAGAAGAUUUGUAUUUCCAGCCUGCUGCAGGUGUGUUGUAGCUUAGGGAGGUGAUACAUGUUUAGUUCCAUUCUUUGGCCUUUGUUCUUUGCGGUGUUUAAGACUCUUUUUUCUUACUAUUGCCAGUGGAUAACUGUUCAACCAGUUGAGGUUGCUUCUGUUAUUAGUCUUGGAGACCAUGGUCACAACGUCAUUCUCCUUGGUAACACUCUCGUCGGUGGCUCUCCGGCUGCAUCGACAAGUUUAUAGGACACAUAAGGUUAACUUUAUCUUCAUUUUUGAAACAAUAUUGAUGAUGAUAAGGUUUAAAAUAAAGAAACAAGUUGUAUUGAUAUCCUACUUAUGUAUGUGGUGGACUACUAGUAUUUGUGUUAAAGCAGGAAAUGAUAGUUUGAAGGCAGGGGAAAGAUUGGAUGCCAACGCCACUCUAUGUUCUAAGCAAGGCAGGUAUUGUCUGUUAUUCCAAGACACAGUAAAUAGCCAAGAUAAUUAUAAUUACUUGGUUAUAGAAAGUAAGGGUUAUUUUGGUGGUCGAGGAUCAGUAAUAUGGAUGUAUGAUAGAAACCAACCAAUUGAUAUUAGUUCCGCGGUUUUAUCUCUAAACAACUCUGGUGUGCUCAAAAUUGAAUUUCAAUAUAAGAAAGAAAUAAUCAUUUACUCUUCACCUCAACCUAUAAACAAUACUGUGGCUACUAUGCUAGACACAGGUAACUUUGUACUUGAACAACUUCACCCCAAUGGUACAAAGAGUGUAGUGUGGCAGAGUUUUGAUUAUCCUACAGACACUUUGGUCCCAACAAUGAAGUUAGGUGUUAACCGAAAAACUGGACAUAAUUGGUCAUUAGUUUCUUGGUUGAGUCAUUCGGUACCAACUUUGGGUGAGUUUAGUCUUGAAUGGGAACCAAAAGAAGGUGAACUGAACAUUAAAAAACACGGGAAAGUGUAUUGGAAAAGCGGAAAACUUGGAAAUAGUAGAUUGUUCGACAAUAUUCCAGCAAAUGUUCAAAAAAAUUAUCAAUACGUUAUUAUCUCUAACAAGGAUGAAGAUUCUUUCAGUUUCGAAGUUAAAGACCAGAAUUAUAAGAUGUCCCCAGAAUGGUUGCUAUCCUCUUCGGGGAGGCUCGCGAGUUCGGAAGGUGAGAUUGGAAAUGCAGAUAAUUGUUAUGGAUUUAAUAGUGAUAGAGGAUGCCAAAAAUGGGAGGAUAUACCAACUUGCAGGAAGCCUGGUGAGGUGUUUGAGAUAAAGAUAGGCAGACCCAACACUCACUAUGCUAUCUUCCAAGACAAUGUGAGUUAUUGUUACAAUGAUUGCAAGAUGAGUUGUUGGAGAAACUGUGGUUGCAAUGGAUUCCGCAAAUAUUAUGGUAAUGGAACUGGAUGUAUAUUUUAUUCAUGGAAUUCUACACAAGAUGUUGAUUUGGAGGAUGACUUUAAAUUUUACAUAUUGGGAAAGCCAACAAAGUCAGACCCAAAUCACCACGGCAAAAGAAGAUGGAUAUGGAUAAGUGCAGCAAUAGCAGUUGCGUUACUCAUAAUAUGCUCACUCAUUCUAUGCAUAGCAAUAAAGAAACACAAAUAUGGAUUUAAAGAGAAGAAAGUUAAAAGAAAGGAGAAAGAGAUGCAAGAGUUGGCCGCUUCCAAUGAAUUAUAUAGUAUCAAAGAUCUUGAAGAUGAUUUCAAGGGACAUGAUAUAAAAGUUUUUAGCUAUGCAUCAAUUUUGGAAGCAACCAUGGACUUUUCCCAUGAAAACAAGUUAGGACAGGGAGGCUAUGGACCUGUUUAUAAGGGAAUCUUGGCAACCGGGCAAGAAGUUGCUGUAAAAAGACUUUCAAAAACUUCUGGACAAGGAAUUGUUGAAUUCAAAAAUGAAUUGGUCUUGAUAUGUGAACUUCAACAUACAAAUCUUGUACAACUACUUGGUUGUUGUAUUCAUGAAGAAGAAAGGAUUCUAAUUUACGAAUAUAUGCCAAACAAAAGCUUGGAUUUCGAUUUAUUCGAUUCUACAAAAAGGAAGUUACUCGAUUGGAAGAAGCGCUUUAACAUUAUAGAAGGAAUUGCUCAAGCAUUACUCUAUCUUCAUAAGUAUUCAAGAUUAAAAAUAAUUCACAGAGACUUGAAAGCUAGCAACAUACUUCUUGAUGAGAAUAUGAAUCCAAAAAUUUCUGAUUUUGGCAUGGCAAGAAUGUUCACCCAGCAAGAAUCCACAAUAAAUACCAAUAGGAUUGUCGGGACAUAUGGAUACAUGUCCCCAGAAUACGCUAUGGAAGGAGUUUAUUCUACAAAGUCUGAUGUCUAUAGCUUUGGAGUGUUGCUACUUGAAAUUGUUUGUGGAAGAAAAAACAAUAGCUUCUAUGAUGCUGAUCGUCCACUAAAUCUAAUAGGACAUGCAUGGGAGCUAUGGAAUGAUGAGCAAUACGCAAAUGAUCGACCUACAAUGUCUGAUGUUAUAUCAAUGUUGACAAACAAACACGAACACAUUACUUUACCGACAAGACCAGCAUUCUAUGUUAGAAAAGAUAUCUUUGAAGAGGAAACAACUUCUAAAGUUCUGGACACUGACACUUAUUCUAUAACUGGAAAUUCCUCUUCGGGUGUAGAAAGGAAAUAAAUAAGUUUAUCUAGUAUAAAUUUAAGAUUAUUGAGAACUAUGAAAAUCACAUUACUUUCCUUUCUUAAAUCUUAGUCAACUCCAAAUUUAUGUAGUUAACAUCUAUUAUAUAUUUGUUGUCUCUUUUCCUUUAUAAUUUCAUGUA